UUUGCCUGACUGUAGAAAACACGACUUUGAGUAGCAAAAUCGUCAUUUCCGGUAUCAUGGCCACCAAAACAGUGGCAGGAAUUUGUCAACUCGGUCCAAAACUGGGUUUUAUGGAUCCGCUGUGUCUUUGAGGCGCCAACUCGGCUUUUCGGAUCUUUAAGAUCCGACUAUGGUGCCGCACUUCGCACCAAUUUGGGCGUUUGCGUUAAAAUAUGGCAUCUGAAUCCCUGUUCGUCAGCAGUUGGUAGUUAGCUGUAAACUUUGGCAUGCAGAAAAGCACUAUGCAAAGAUCAGUUUAGCAAAAAAAAAAAAAAGUUUCUGCAAAGGGCAACUAAUGGAACAAACACUACAUAUUAUAAACCUGAUAGAAUUUAACUCCGAUUAUUACUGAUAUUAUUCAUGGCUUGUAGUUCUGGCUCCAAUGCAAAAAUGUCCAGUCCAAAUGUCAGCACACCGGUGAUGGCGGUGACACCAGACGCCGUGGAUCAGAAGACAAGCCCGGCGGUAUUUGAGAUUUUCGGAAAGAUCUGGAACGUGCAGGCUCGUUUGGGUCAGGGCGUCUCGGCCUCGGUGUACCGGGUGAGCUCCGGCCGGGCGAGCUCUGCAGUUAAAGAGUUCCAGGUGGACGCGCAGGGCGGAGAUUACGGGUACCUCAAGGAAAGCUCUGUGCUGGAGAAGAUUCAGGGACAUAAAAAUAUCGUGACGCUGUAUGGAAUGUUCACCAAUCACAACCCAUUUGGUGUGGCCACUCAUUGCCUGUUGUUGGAGCUUUUAGAUGUGAGUGUGUCAGAAUUGCUGGUCAGGGUGAGUAAUCAGGGGCAUUCCAUGUGGUUGAUUCAGCACUGUGCCCGUGAUGUUUUGGAGGCCCUUAGCUUCCUGCACAGAGAAGGUUACGUACAUGCUGACCUCAAGCCCCGCAACAUUCUCUGGAGCGCUGACGACGAGUGCUUUAAGCUCAUUGACUUCGGCCUUAGCUUUAAAGAGGGACACCAGGAUGUGAAGUACAUCCAGACAGAUGGAUACCGGGCACCUGAAGCCGAGCUGCAGAACUCACUGGCCCAGGCAGGUCUGGAGAGCGACUCUGGCUGCACAACUGCUGUGGACCUGUGGAGUCUGGGAAUCAUUCUUUUAGAGAUGUUCUCAGGAAUCAAACUGAAAGAAACUGUGAAGUCUCAGGAAUGGAAGGAUAACAGUUCUGCAAUAGUAGAUCAUAUCUUUUCAAGCAAUGCUGUGGUUUACCCGGCUAUCCCUGUUUUUCAUUUGAGGGAUCUGAUCAAAAGUAUGCUUCACAAUGACCCUAAACUGAGAAGCACAGCUGAGGCAGCAUUAAUCAACCCUUUCUUCAGCAUUCCCUUUGCACCUCAUAUUGAAGAUUUGGUUCUUUUGCCUACACCUGUCUUGAGACUACUAAACGUAAUAGAUGACAACCACCUGUAUAAUGAGGAUGAGUAUGAAGAUAUAAUAGAAGACAUGAAAGAAGAAUGUCAGAAGUAUGGCACGGUUGUAUCCUUAUUGAUCCCAAAAGAGAAUCCCGGCAAGGGACAGGUGUUUGUGGAGUAUGCAAAUGCUGGAGACUCCAAAGAAGCCCAGAGACUGCUGACAGGCCGAACGUUUGAUGGCAAGUUCGUGGUCACUACGUUUUAUCCACUGAGUGCCUAUAAGAGAGGUUACUUAUACCAAACUGUGCAGUAAAGCUGCACACACACCUCCAUACAAAACAUGUAAAUUACAAUCAUGUGACUGCUUUUAAACCCUUGAUCUGUGUAUUAUUCUAUUGUGCUACCUUUAAUACUUACUUGUGUCGCUAAGAUCAACAUUGUUGUGAAUAUAGGCACACAUGCAAUUUAACUUGGGUGGAACAAGGAGAAAAGUUUUAGUGCCUGCUUCCUACUUCCUUUUUUUACUAAAUGAUCACACCAUAAUAAGACAAUUAUAUUUACCGUGUGAUAGCUGGUUGCCAGACAUUCAAUAUGUAUGCUUCCAUUUUUUUUUUUUUUUUGCAGUGGGGUUGAUGCACUGCUUUGGUUUACACUGCCUUCUAAACAACAGAUCACUUCAGAGACUAGGUUUACAUGCUUUUUCUGAAUGUCUACGAUUCCAAAAAUGUGUAGUUUAUGUGGCCUGUUUUCGUCCAUUCUUUUUUUCCGUUGUUAGUUUUAGUGAAGGUAUGUUGGUAUUUCCAGUAAUUAUGCACAUAUUUAUAAACUACUGGCAAAAUACACUGGCCUGCAUGCACUGUGGCGUGGUUAACAUUUAUGUUCAACUUGACCAUGAAAGCUGUUUAACCACAUUUAAACUGAAGAUGGGAAUCUGCAGAGAGAGCACAAAUAUGACAGAGCGGGUAUCCUUGUGGUAUAGAUCAUUCUUAAGUGACUUUAUUUUUUUUCGCAUAUUCAGGGUUGACUGGAAUGAGACUCCAUGUCCAACACAAAAGCCACAAUCUGUCUCAUCCAAAACCUCUCUGGAUAUGUUUAUUGAACAUAAUACUAUCGUUUUAGAAUUUUGAACUUGAAUUACAAAGUAUAAUAUUAGUUUAAGUAUAAAUUAGUGUCUGAAAACUCAUCAAAACCAUUUCAAGUGGAAAUACUCAAGUGUCAAAAUGUGUGGUAUGUUGUGCAAAGCAUCGUACCUCAUACCUUCAUAGCACACAUAUGUGAAGAUUCAGGAGCAAAUAAUCUACUCUGUAUCUUCAUUGAUAAAUAAUGCUGUUGUGAGACUCACUUACUUUCCUAUCAAAGAUACAGUAACACAAAUGUGUUUCAGAAAGGCUUAAAACUGAAAUGCUUUCUACAGGCUCGUUCAAGUCAAUUCUGUCUGCUGUUUGAAUGGAUUUUACUAUCUGUACAAUAAUGAUGAGUGAUUUUAAAAUCGUAACAUUAUUUAAAGGCUUUUCCAGUUGUGAUGGGUAUAGUGUUCCUGGUAUCAUUGUGUUUUCCGGUCAGUUUGUCUGUGAUUGCAUGAUAUGGAGUCUUUAAUAGUUCUACAGAGCUUUCUGACACAAGAAAUUCUUCAUAUGUGUUCUCAUUUACUUCAUGAAUAUCGCCUGAUGGCUUUUUCAGUCAUCCAGGUUGAUUGUUUUUCUUUCUACCGUCCUACGAUUGCCAUAAAGUCAGUUUUCUCUGUCCUGCAGUCUAGAAAUAUGAUAUUCACUUCCAGGGCAGUGAGCUCUAAUAUGAUAAGUGUACAAGACCAUGUGAGGAAAGAACAGGCUGGUUUUCUAGAUGGUUUUAAAUUUUAACAAAACAUCCCUUUUUUGUGGAUUAGAUGGCAUUGUGGCCAAUAGUUAUUAUUUUUAUUCACAUUUUUUCGUAUUGUUGGGAAUGUUUUAGGAGUGCUAUUGUAGGGAAAGGGCACUUUGGUUAUGCAUGUUAUGAGUGUGAGUCUAUCCAGAUCUGGGCUAUUUACUUGGAAAGAAAUUGUGAUUGAUCUAGAUUUUAUACACUCAUAUCUCUCUCUCUCACUCUUGCGCGUUAAUGGUGAUGGCAUUUGAGAGAAUUAUGGAGAUGGUGAGCAAGAGAUCAUUUAGUAUCCUGCCCAUAUGAAUCUGGACUGCUGCCAUUGGUAAAUGUGACUCUUGGAAAGAAAGAUUCAGUUGCUAAAACAUUUGAGCUUGUCUGUCUUUGAAUGCACUAGGCAUUGGAUUGUGCUACUACAUGUUUGUAUAAACUUCCUGAGUACAAAGAGAGAACCUGUAUCAGUUCAAAUGAAUGAAUGAAUGAAUGAAUGAAGUAGCCUAGGCUGCUUAUUUAUAUUGUCUUGUUUUAUUCCUCUUCCUGUUUGAGCCAGAGAACACCUACAGUGAACAAAUAAUUGGCUUUUAGAAUGCUAAAUAAUAACAGUAUACAUAUUUACUCAGAAACAAGAAUUUCUGAUAUUACAAAAUUUAUAUCAUGAUGAAACUAUGUUGUUUAUGAAACAGUGAUUUUUAAAUUAAAACAAUUUAUUAUGUGAAUGAAUACUGUGUAUUGCUUACAUGCAACAGAACAUCAACGAGAAAGGGAUUUUCUGUCAUUUUAACAAAUGGGAAGAUUCCAGUUUGACAAUCUAGCUUGAUGUUGAAGUGAAGUCUUCUUAAAUGGAUGAUGAAAAGAUUCAGAUUCAUAUAUGUGAAUAUUAGUUAAUUUGACAAAUGUGACAAUAGCAAUAGUCAGUUUAAGUGCAUAUUGUGCCUGUGAGCAGAGCUGGGUAGUAACUGAUUACAUGUAAUCUGGAUUACGUAAUCAGAUUCCAAAAAUUAAGUACUUGUAAUCAGAGUAAGUUACAUUUGAAAAUACUCGUAAUCAGACUACAGUUACUUUUUUAUGGAUUACAUGAUUACAUAUUAUUCAGACAAUAGCAAGAAAUUAUUCAUAAAUCAUUGAUUCCUAAUUGAACUCCCUAAUUUCUCUUUUUCAUCUUUUAAAUUUUCCUUUCUAAAAUAGCCUACUGAUUAUAUACAUAUUACAUAUGUAUAUAUAGUGCAGUUUUGUGGACAUUCACACAAAGAUCAGUCAUUAGUCAGGUGGCGACAGCAUUGGACCGCUGGAUUUACAAAAAUCAUUUCAGGUUUAAGAAGGGUUUCAACAUUGCAUCAACUAGUCUACUAACACAUUCAUUUUUAUUUGAAUUAUUACUCUGUAGGUUUUUUAACCAUGUAUUAUUAAUUAUAACUAAUUAAAACUAACUAAAAUUUCUUAGUUACAUGUAAUGCAGGCAUUCCAAAACUUUUUGUCAUCUAAACCUUAUUCACCAAAUAUAUUUGCUUUAAGUACCCCUGAGAUUUUAAAAUAAAUAUAUCAAUAAUUAAGUAACACAUUUGCAUGCUCACGGUUUCUUUGAUUUUGAUUAAUGAUCACAUUUCAUGCAGGUAAAUAAAAAUAUUUCAUCUUUUUUUAGAAAGUGUUUUAUUUAAAACAAAGACUGUAGAAAUGCAAAGAUGGUUCUCUCUAUACUUAUGAAUGGGAGAAACUGCAACGCGAAAUAUGGAGGAAUAGUCCCACCUUCUAAAUGAAAGAGCCAAAUUUCCCAUAGAAACUUGACUAGACCAGCCAAUGCACACGCACAGUCAAAAGCACAUUAUCACUCCGCAUGCGCAUUGGCUGGUCUAGCCUGAAAAAUAAGCUUUUUAAAUGCUAUUUGAGCAUAAGAAACACCAUUCAUGGGGCAAUUAAUUUCAGAUUUUUGUUGCUGAUUUGACAUAUGUAAUUUAAUUGUGAGUUCAGCGAGCAGUUUUUGAGAUUUCAGGACCCAUUCAUUAAGAUAGGUCUUGUACGAGCUGCCCGGAGGCGUUGCAAAUUAAAUAUGGCCGCCAAGGGAAGAGACUUUCCUCGAAAGGGAGUUCAAAUAAAAAAAAAAAAUUAAAAAAAAAA